AAAGAUUUGGUUCCGAAAGGUUUGUUUGAGUUUUUGGGAUAAUAUGGCUGCCAGCUGUUGUGGAGUGAAGAAACAAAAGCUGAACAAUUCAAUGCCUGCAGUUUGCUGCAAUGGAUCAGCCAUACAUCCCAAUCAUUAUAAAAAUGGCUACACUGUGUCAUGUGUAGAUAUGUGUAAUUUUUGUUUUGACGUUCUUCAUAGUCACCUGUAUAAUUAUGAUCCGCCCAAGACUCCGUCUUUCACCAAUGAAGCAUAUCCACUCUUUGUAACUUGGAAAAUAGGCAGCAGUCGUCGUCUUCGUGGUUGUAUUGGAACAUUCACAGCUACUAACCUACAUGGUGGUCUCAGGGAAUAUGCAGUAACAAGUGCAAUGAAAGACAGUCGAUUCAGUCCCAUUACUAAAGAAGAGUUCAACAAAUUGCACUGUUCUGUAUCAAUACUCACAAACUUUGAGGAAGCCAGGGACUAUUUAGACUGGGAGGUUGGUAAGCAUGGGAUCAGAAUAGAAUUUUUGAAUGAAAAGGGUCACAAGAAAACUGCCACAUAUUUACCAGAGGUAGCUAUAGAACAAGGCUGGGAUGCUGUACAGACAAUAGACUCACUUCUUCGCAAAGGAGGUUUGAGGGGACCAAUUAACAAUGAAGUCCGUAGAAAUAUAAAAUUGACUCGUUAUCGAAGCGAGAAAAUAACUAUAAGUUAUAACGACUAUUUAGGUCACAGACAAAAUGGACAUGCAUGAUGAUAGCUUUGUACAGCAGGGAUCCAGUAGCUCAACUCAUUCUCACAAGGACCACUGAAGAAACCAUUUUACAGGGAACCAGAUCUUGUAUGCAUGAUUUCAAAUCUAAUUAUGACUUUCUCAUCAGUUAAUAAAUAUGUUACAUGAUGUUGGUUCAUCUGAAAAACAAAACCAUUAACAUCCAUUAAUUUAUUGAAAAGUUUGUCAAGAAAGCUUUAGUUUUAUGUGUAGAUUAAUCCUUCAAAAUAUUAUACACCCAUCUACAUGUAUACACCCAUCAUAUUUACGAUCAGUAAUACACCUUUUAGCAAAAUGUAAAAUAUUUUAAAAAUUACCAAUAACAUUUGAGAUCUGUUCUCUAAUCUCAAAUAGUUUUUAGUCAAAUUUGAAACCAACCUUUUAGGAAAUACAAAAAAUGUAUAUAGCUUGUACAAUUUUUACUUAACAAAUAUUUUGUUUUUUUAAUGAUAAAAAUAAGAACUAAGAAAUUUUGUAAGGAUUUUUCCACAGAAACUCUUGAUAAACUUAUUGAUUUAAAAAUUGAUUAUGUUUUUUUAUCCCAUAAACACACAUAGGCUUUGUCACUGCAAGAACAAUUAACCUGUAUGUAUGUAUGAUUUCAUUUUUUACCAUGUCUUGAAUGUAACUUAAAAGAUACUUAUCAAUCAAAAUACAAACCUAUAAACACAAUCAGCUGCAUAUCAGGGUAUAGUGUUUGGUAACACCUUUCAUGUUUGCAUGAUCAUGGAAUAUUCAAAUCUUGUAGGUAAAUAUGUUAAACAGUUUCAUACGCCAUUACUGUAUCAUUCGUAAGAUCUCAUUCUUGUCUUUGAAAGUAGAAUCAGACAUUUUGUGAGCAUUACGUCUGCUUUCAAUUAGACAAAGAACAUAACUUUAGCAGUGUAUCUCUAAGUCAUCAUCUUUAAGAGGCCUUUUUAAACUGUGUACUGUUUUAACUUAGUUAUCAUGCAAAGAAUCUCAUUUGCUCUACAUAUAUGUAUAUGCUCUUGUUGUAUCAACCAUUUCUAAAAAUGUAUUUGUUUAGCAUCAAAUUUUGUUAAGAGGAGAAUGAAAUUGACGUGUACUUUUUUUUUACUUUAUUGUUAAAAGUUGGAUCCUUUAGAAAAUAUUGUAUGACUAACAGAAUGUAGAAAGUCAUGUGCUGACCCAAAAAGACAACUUUUAUUCCUAACUG